CAGAAACAAAAUUUCAUGGAGAUUUUUGAAAGCAAUGGAAUGUUCGUUUCAAAAUGAUUACUUACUUUAACUCAAUCGUCCAGAUCUUUAUUUUGUUACUUAUUUCCAAACUAGGAGUAGUAAGAUGUGUCUCAAAAGGAAACGGAUAUUGCUUCAAAGAAGAUGAUUGCAAACAGAAUGAAGACGAAAAGUUUGAUUUUCACGAAAUCAGUGAAAAGUGGAGUGAAUUCACAGAACUAAUAUCUAAGGCAUCGGCUGACUAUAAACCAUGUCUCUUUCAAAACUGCUCCUGCAUUACUCCUGUUGUUGACGAAGAUUUAAAAGUGUUUCAACAUACUGGAAUAACAAAGAUUAUGCUUGACAAUGCAAAAGACAGAGGUACGAAGUACCAAAUCAUUGGCCACAAACUUUACCGCGAACCUCAUUGCCUGUUCCCCUCCCGAUGUUCAGGCGUUGAGUACUUUAUACUUAAAAUCAUAAAAGAUUUGCCAGAUAUGGAACUGAUCAUUAAUAGCAGGGAUUGGCCCCAAGUUAGUCGUCAUUUCGGGGAACUUUCACCAGUAUUUUCAUUUAGCAAGACGAAAGAUUAUCUUGACAUAAUGUAUCCUGCUUGGACUUUUUGGGAAGGAGGUCCAGCUAUAAGUCUGUAUCCCAGAGGCUUGGGACGCUGGGAUCAGCACAGGAUAUCAAUUGAUAAAAUGGCUGCCAUGUAUCCUUGGAAUGAGAAGAAAUCACAGGCGUUUUUCCGAGGAUCAAGAACUAGCUCGGAGAGAGACCCAUUGAUUUUACUCUCGCGUGAAAGGCCAGAUUUGAUCGACGCUCAAUAUACGAAAAAUCAGGCCUGGAAAUCAGAUGCGGACACUCUUGGUGCUGCGCCGGCUAAAGAAGUCAGUUUAGAAGAUCAUUGCUCCUAUAAGUACUUGUUCAACUACAGAGGUGUUGCCGCUAGCUUCCGCUUCAAGCAUCUCUUCCUGUGCAAAUCGCUCGUAUUUCACGUUGGUGAUGACUGGAUUGAAUUCUUCUAUCCAGCACUGAAACCGUGGGUACAUUACAUUCCAGUGCCGAGUAGCGCAACGCAACGUGAUUUAUUGCGGCUCGUCCGCUUUGCGCAGGAAAACGACGAUCUAGUUUCACGCAUCGCCGCUAGAGGGUAUGAGCUGAUCUGGAACCAUUUGAAAAUGAGUGACGUCGAGUGUUAUUGGCGGUACUUGUUGACUGAAUAUGCCAAACUUCUACGAUUUCAACCUCAGCUAGAUCGCAACCUCAUUGCGAUUUGACUUCAUUUUCUCUGUUUCUCUCACGUGAUUCAACUGUACAAUACACUUGAUAGCAAA